UCAGAUUUCAGAUAGAAGAAAUAAAAUGGCCGAGAAUCUUCGAGACCUAUUUGACUUCAGAAAGAUUGCAGUAGUGAAAAAUAUCAAUCAACUGAAAAGAGGCGAUCAUAUAAUAUUAAAUCGCGCUUUUAGUUUUCAUUAUGCAAUUGUAACAGACGUUAACAAGGAAACAGAACAGUUUGAUGUUAUUGAAAUUAGAACAGAUAAAAAUCAAACUCCCGUUAUUAGACCAAUUAAAAGCACACAAAAGCUGACAAGGUGGCGGAAAUGUAUGUCUGCAAUUUGUCGAUACACUUACCAUGGCGUUCAACGGAAUAGUCCAGAUUUAACGGUUGCCCUGAUUGAAGCUUGUAUCGCCAAAAAUGAUGCCAUAAAGUAUGAUAUGUUUUCAAACAAAUGUUACCAUGUUGCUGUUUUCUGUGCUACAGGAUAUCCAUAUAAGGAUAAAAUUGCACAGCUGGGAAAAGGUUUGACAAUUGCAGAACAGGUAGAAAAAAUCAUGCAAACAUUGUUCAUAGAUUCCUGUGACUGAGGAGCUUCCUCAA